AUGGCGAAGGCAGUGGUCUACGCGCUACUUGCCACCGCCUUUAUCUUUCUUCUCGUCAUGCUUCCCUCCAAACACCGUGGCCCCAACCACCCCCACCCCCACCUUGGCCUCAACCGACGUCUUGGCUACGCGGGUCACGCCCCCAUAUUCGACCCUCUGGCAGCCAAGAUGGAGUGGUACGCCAAGGAAAGUGGUGGAUUAAGAGGGGAAACGAAUAGUCACGUGGGGUUGUCGGAACAGAACAACAAUCCCAUGAUGAAUGCGAGUGAGGUGGAAGAAAUGCAUGAAUAUCUCGGCGAUGAGGGAAAGUUGAACCUCACGUUGAGGCUGAUUACUUUGUUCCCGUUGAUAGACCAGGCGCCAAAAGACGGGUUGAUUAACUCUAAUGAGCUCGAGGAUUGGGUCAUGAAACAAACCGUGGAGAGGUUGAAUUAUAGGACGCAGAAAGAAAUGGAAUCGUAUGACAAAGAUGGUGAUGGAACAAUUUCUUUCAUGGAGUAUCUGCCCAAGUUUUCCAUAAAGGACCUAGAGAUAAACGGAAUGGAGCACGGUGAAGCUGGAUGGUGGAAGCAGCAGUUUGAUAAUGCAGAUGCUGAUAAGAAUGGAUUACUUAACUUCAAUGAAUUUAAAGAUUUGUUGCACCCAGAAGACAGUAACAACGAAGAAAUUCACAAAUGGCUGUUGAGGGAAAAAAUGAAGCGGAUGGAUCAGGAUAACGAUGGCAAACUGAAUUUCCAGGAGUUUUUACACAACGCUUAUGAUAAUUACAAGACUUACGUUGAAUUUGAAAGGGGCGGGAAAAAUGUACCCACACCGGAAGAGAAAUUUGCAGAACUUGAUGUGAACAAGAACAAACUCUUGGAAGUGGAAGAAUUGAAACCAAUGCUGCAUUACAUUCACCCAGGAGAAUUUUCCUACGCUAAAUAUUAUGCAACCUUUCUGAUGUCGGAGGCGGAUGAUAACAAAGAUAGAAAAUUAACGCUCGAGGAGAUGCUCGAUCAUGACUAUGUUUUCUACAGCACAGUAUAUGAUGACGGCAUCAACGAAGAUUUUGAUGCGGAUUUUCACGACGAAUUCUGAAGCUUGAUGCUCCCGAGAAAUGGAUUUUUCGAUUAGUUUUGGCAGAAAGCUUAUCCUAAUUGUGUAUUUGUUUUGUCAUUUGAAAAAUACAGCAAAAUAAAAUAUUUUGCUUUCAUUAGGUUGAGCAUUGACUCAAAUAGUAGUGGUGCGUAACUGGUAUAUACUUAGGAUAGAAAAUAGAGCGUUGUGUGAAAGGGUUUUACUAAUUAGGAACG